UAAUUGAUCAAUGACGGUAUUGGGUAGGCUUUGGGUAUAAAUUUAGUCCUUGUGUCUUCUAAAAUGGUUCAAAAUACAUUACACUGUAUUGUGUGACUGUUUGAUUCCAGUACAUAGUAAUUAGGGUACAGCCUAUCUGUACAGCGCUUUUGUCACACCUACAGCGGUCAAUUAGCCAAUGAAACGUCAACAAUUUACAAACAACCGGCGUUUUGAGCUGUUUGUCUUUUUAUAAGCGAAGUGCAUUUUCUAAUUAUCUUUGCGGAAACAGCACAACAAAUAGGACACUGAAAUGAUAUGGUUUCUGGGGGCUUUAGUUCUUUGUUCUCCAUACGCCACACGUUCCCCGCAAUUUUCAGUUAGCAGAAUACUUCUUUUUCUUUGAAUCCACAUGAAAGUACCGUUCCCUAGCUUUAAUUUGAAUCGUCACAUACGUGGGUGUUAUGCAUAGGUGUAAAAUAGACAAUCCCAUAUGCAAGUUUUACACAGCAGCUUUCGCUGAAAUGGUCGGUCGUUUUGAACUAAUAUCGCAUUUCCCAAAAAUGUCUUGCUUUUUGUAAAAUGGCUGUUAAAAUAUUGUUUUUUGUUGCGAGAAACAAAGUGCAUGACCGAUUCGUCAAGCCUUCUGAUUCACGAGUGGAAUGGAAGAGAUACUUAAUAUUUUCUACGACUUUGUGGCAAGUACAAGUGCAAAACCUCAGGGUAAUAAAUUUUUGAAGUAUUCAUUCAUAAUAAAUAUUCGUCAGUAACCUCAAGACCAAAAUUCGUGAAAUGUCAACAAAACACCUCUCUCCUUUCCUAGGUUUACUUAAAUGGUUAUUGUAAACUGCUGUUUCAAUUUACAGCUUUGCGUAAGCGCGAACAAUUUUAGACCUUUUGUAAACUCCGAGAACAAAACUGAUUACGCUCUUGUCAAAUCAAUUAAAGAGAUGGCUACAUUUAGGUAAACACAAUUUAAAAUGUAGAUGUAGUUUCACUACCCCUAAGCUAGAAAACGACAUAAUGUAAAUCGUUUAAAAACCAACAAUAAAUAAGAAAACGGCUUAGUUAAGGUCAGAGGACGAGAAUCAGGCGGCGAGUUCCCUAAAAUGAACAUUCUCCCACUGUAAGUGUUCUUCUCAGCAAAGCGCAUUUAUAUGUUAUCAGGGUCGCAGCGUCCAUCAGAUGGAAUUUAGCACGCGAUUUAAUUUUAAUCCCAAAUUGUUUGACAUGGGCGGAAACCAAUAUUGACUUAACUUUGUAAGCACUUUGACAACCGAACAGAAGCUUCCUUUUAUAGUUACCCGCGCGCAAAUAGGUUGCCACACGAUUAUUCUUUACAGUUGCGAUCGAUCAGGGUUUUUGAAACCAAACGAGAAUAGUUGUGGAGAAAUAGGCGAGUAUCAACCUGGUAAUUAGGAUGGCAAACGUGAGCACAACGCCCAGUAACGCUACCGUGCCUCCAGCUGAUUGCUCUGUCUACCCCACUGCAGAAAAAAUCGGUAAAACCUUUGCUUACUGUGUUAUCAUAGUUGUGUCGCUCACUGGCAACUUUCUCAUUGGAGCGAUUGUAAUCGGCAUAAAAUCCAUGAGGAGAACGAUCAACUACCUAAUCUUAAACAUGGCCAUGUCCGACCUCAUUCUCCCAGUUUUUGCCUUUCCGCGUCUUCUUACAGAGUUGUACGUCGGUUACUGGCUCAUAGAUGGCGACUUUGGCUUGGCGUUGUGUAAACUGGCCUACUUUAUGCAAGACGUUUCCACUGCUGUUUCUAUCCAGAGCCUUGUCUUGAUAGCAGUGGAUCGAUUUGGAGCUGUGGUUUUCCCUUUUAGACCCCCGGUUGUCAGCGCCAGGCUUUGCCCAUUCUUCAUUCUCGCGACGUGGAUCGUGGCUAUGGCCAUUCACACCCCGUACUUUUUCGUACGCAAACUUGAGGGAUCCGGAGAAAACCUUGCCUGUCGGCGGAUGUGGAAGGAAGCCUUUGGAGAGUCUUCUUCAUUGGAAAGCUACUACGUAGCACUGUUCCUCGUUUUAGCUCUUAUCCCUUUCGCGUUGAUGACAGUACUUUAUUCUAUCAUUAUUGUGAAACUGAGGGCUCAAAAGAUACCAGGUGGAGAAUCGGUGAGCUCUAAGGAACAGGAAAAACGAAUGAAGAGAGACAGGAGCGUGCUUAAGAUGGUUCUGGCUAUUGUCUUGGGAUUUGCAUUAUGUUGGGCACCCUUAAAUGUCUUGGCGUUUUUGCAGUUCUUUGUAUGGGAGGAAAACCCUAAACUAAGCUGUGGGUUUCUGCACUUUAGUUUUUUUGCCAUAUUUAUGGCUUAUGCAAAUUGCGCCAUAAACCCCUGUAUCUGUUUUAUAUUCAGUGGCAAUUACCGUGAAGGCCUCAAGAGUUUGUUUGGUUGUUGCCCGGGCAAAUGCAAUUGUUCGUGCUUUCGCCUUUUGCGUUGGCAAUCGUGGAAUGUGCAGAGCAUGUCUUCAGAUGAGCAAAGAGAUGUUACACUAGCUUCUCUUGCAUAAAACAGUAGUAGUAACAUUUAGGAUUAGAUAUCGGGAAAGUGCAAAUCCUUGGCCUUUUGUUAUAAGAAAAAAACACUAAAGCUUUUUUCAACUUUGAAGCUGCUCUUUUGGCAGUACCUUCUGUAAAUAUUUGUCGUAAAUUCUUUUAGAAUUGACAGCAGCAUUGCCAGAUAAUUCUCUAAUUCUCGUGGGUUUCCUAUCCACGUGGUGUUUAUUAUAAAGAUGUAUCCCUUUAAUUGACAGCUGCCAUUUUUUUGUUUCCAAUAGACUGCAGACAAUUUUUGUUUUGCUUUUUUAAUGAAAAAUACAUCGCAGCACAAGUUGUACGCGUCAUUUGUUUUAAACAUGCAAAAUUUAAGACGCUAAAGCUAAAAUAUUUAGUGAGUAUAAAUUAUACAGAAAAAUUGGGGUAGACAAUAAAGAGAGAUUCAGUUGCUUACGAUGUGUGUUUGUAGUCUUGUAAAGAAUUUCUUCACUCCAAAUCUUCGAGUAGGCUGUUUCACACAAUCUUUGUACUUUGCACAUUAUAUAUAAAUUGACAAGGAUCAGCAAAGAUCAUUUAAUCCUCGUAUUUCUUAAUGGCCUUAGUUACCAAUAUAGUAAACAAAAUUCUCGUUUUUAUCUCAAGUCUGAAAUUAAAUUUCUUAAAACACGUUAUCUGUUAAAAUCAGUACCAUUUUAAAAGACAAUUUAAAGAAUUAAUCAUGCAUGUAGAGUUGCACUGAAUACCAAAUCAUUUAAGCUCUCGAACGAAUUCCUCUCAAUUUUCCCCACCCCAACGUGUGAAUGGAAAAUUUCGUCCAAUUCUAAACAAUUUAUGAAACACGAUUCAAUAUUUUCGGUGAAGUGCAAUCAGUACGUGCCUGUACCCAAGAUUACUAGAAACCAAAUUGUUCUUUUCGAUUGUUAAUAAGAAUUGUAACAUAAUGACACAUUACUAAUAUAAACAAAGUGGUCCUUUGAAAACUAGCAAAACAGCUCUAUACCACCAAACAUGUGCUACUCAGUCCCGUCUCAGUGGCCAUUUCACUCAAAAAUGAACAUGAAAUUUAUUGAUCUUUAUUCCUCCAGAGAACUUUGUCCUGAAAAUAAAAGCCCUACUAGAAGCGUUAGAAUAUUAUCCACGUGAUCUAAACGAAUAAAACAGUUGGGUGGUGAUUUCAUCAAUUCGGGCGAUAAUUUGAACGAUAAAGAAUGCAAUAUGAGGAAAGAAAACAUAGAGAGAAAAUUGAUACUGGACAACCCACAGGGUUACUAUAUGAGAAAUCUGCUUUCUCCGCGAACAACUUGAAAUUAAAGAAGAAAUUCAUUACCCCCUGGAAACUGAAACCAAAUAUUUGCAGUAACGUAAUCAAAGGCUUUCAUCAGAUGACAGUUUUUAAAACUUCUUCUGUCAACUCUACGUUAAUAAAAAGAUGACCAAUAUGACAAAUAUAUGUAUCGAUCUGUCCCCGUGCGACUGAACAAAGAAUGAUUAAAUAUUUGUAACAAAAAAAAAUGGAAGUGUUU